AUGUAUGCUGGGGAACAUGGGCCUGAUCCCCUCCCUUGGUCGAGCCCAAUCUCAGCCUCAGACUCGAGUCGACUCCGGAACGAAGUGUAAGACGAAGAGCGGGUUGCCGGGGAUCUGCACGUUCCCGACCGCUUCUCGACUGCUGAGUCAGGGGCUGGUCGUGAAGCCGGGGACACCCUCCGGCGUCCAUCAGAGGCUCUCCCAGGCCGACCAGAAGGCGCUUCAGCUGGGGAGGAAUGCCAUGAUCGGCGUCGAGGCGUCGAGGAAUCUCACUAUGCAGCUCAAUCUGAGUCCAGAGCAGGCGACAUUUGGUCUGCCGAAAUAUUCCAUGGUGAAAACGGCAGCGGCCGGAGCGUGCCUCCCGCAACCGACGUGCAAUCCCAGCAGCAAGUACCGGACCCAGGACGGAGCCUGCAACAACCUCCAGAACCCCCUGUGGGGUCAGUCGCGGACCGCGUUUCAGCGCAUCUGUCCACCUGCCUACCAGGACGGUGUGAGCUCGCCUCGAGUGGCAGUGUCGGGGAGGGCGUUGCCCAGUGCCCGGACCGUGAGCGCCACGCUGGUCCCGAAUUGCGAUCAUCCCAGUAUGAAAUUGACGCUCAUCACAAUGCAGUGGGGACAGUUCCUCGACCACGACAUCACCUUGACCCCUACCUCCACGCUCGUGGGUUCGUUCCUUCGCUCCGUUCCGCCGUUCGUUCGAGCGUUCAAGCGAAACGGAGAUGUGAUAUCCCCUUCCCCUUUCCCCGAAUGUUUCGCCAUCCAGAUCUCCCCAGAGGAUCGCUUCUAUGGACCACAGCAGCUCGUGACGACAAGAGAGAAGAAUGAAACCGAUCCGAAUUCGUGUCGACAGCAACGAUGCAUGAACUUCGUGAGAAGCCUUCCGGCCACCCGACCCGAUUGUGCCUUCGGACCGAGAGAACAGAUGAACCAAAUAACCUCCUGGCUUGACGGGAACUCCGUGUACGGGUCCGACCUCGAGACGGUGAAGAAGCUGCGAGCAUUCCAAGGUGGCCUCAUGAAAACCUACGAAUUGGAUGGUCGGAGCCUUCUUCCACUCGAGUCCGAAGGAGCCAAGAAACGUCAAUCGGAAGUCCCGAACUUCGCCGCCGGGAGGGUGGUUUCGGUCUUGGACUCGAGUUCUCUCACGGGGCCCACAUCGACAGGGGACACGAGGGUGAACGAGGUUGCGAGCCUCACGGUCUUGCACACCGUCUUCGUUCGGCAGCACAAUCAAAUCGCCAGGGUACUACAACAACUGAAUCCGGCUUGGAACGACGAAACUUUGUUUCAAGAAGCAAGAAGGAUCGUGGGCGCUCAGUUGCAACACAUCACAUUCAACGAAUGGCUCCCAAACGUUCUCGGGUCAGCAUACAUGGCGCAAUACGGGAUCGCAACCCAGCAAUCGGGAUAUCGAUUCAAUUACGAUCCGAGCAUCAACCCGAGCGUGACGAAUGAAUUCGGCGUGGCCGCCUUCCGAUUCGGCCACACGCUCCUCCAGGGGAUUUUCAAGCUUUUCGGAGGAGAGGAGAAGAAGGAGAUCAUGGAGCUGCGCGACCUUUUCGGGAAUCCGAGUCUGUUGUACCCGAAGAGUGGGUUGGAUCGAUUCAUCAAUGCUUUAUUCGUCAUCGGUGAAUCUUUCUUCGUCUUUCCGUCUCGCAUCCUUGUGAAUUCCGUCGGAUUCCGGCAGGUGACGGAGCAUCUGUUCCAAGGCUCCGCGCCAUUCGGAAUGGAUCUGGUGUCGUUGAACCUGCAAAGGGGUCGGGAUCACGGGGUCCGAUCAUACAACGACUACCGGGCAAUUUCCGGUCUCGCCAGGGCCAGCACCUUCAGCGGCUUCGCCCCUCAGAUCGAUAGCCACACGAUCGAGGACAUGGCGCAGAUCUACGAGAGCGUGGACGACGUGGAUCUCUUCCUCGGUGGCGUCAGCGAACGACCGGUCGACGGAGCCGUGUUGGGACCCACCUUCCAGUUCAUCGUUGGCGACAUGUUCCAGCGUCUCCAGAAGGGAGAUCGCUUCUUCUACGACAUCGGAAACCAACCCGGUUCCUUCACGCCUGGUGAUUACUCUUCCUCUCUCACCUUCUACUCUCUCUCCUUCGAACGAUACCCAGCGGUCCUCUCUGUCUCCCUCGGCAAUCGUAGCGCAACUGGCAGAGAUCCGGAAGACGAGUCUCGCCCAGAUCCUGUGCGACAACAGCGAUGGUGGAAUCCAAGGAAUUCCGCCCUUGGUCUUUCAGAGCACGUGAGUUCUCUCUCGGUUCCGAGUCCGACACGAUCGAAAUCGUUCGUGAUUCGCCUUUUCCGCUCUGCAUUUAGGAUCCAGAAGGUGCCUUGCUCGAGCCCGACGAUUCUCCGACCGCAGUUUGGUCCAUGGAAGGUU